GCAGGUUCCGAGAAUUGUGCUGGACACAAGGAGGGAUGGGGAACAGCAGAAGCCAGUUGGGGCCGAAUUUUUGCUCCCAGUUUCUUCCUGAGGAGCAGGCGGAGAUCGACAGACUGUUUGACGCUCUGUCGUCGGAGACACACGGCUCAGACACCUCGUCCCGAUCCUUCUCCCUGAAGGCGCUGAAGAAGCAUGUUGGGGAAGCUCUUCCCCCGGAGAUGGUCACCAGACUCCAUGAUGGCAUGCGGAGGGUCGACCUGACGGGGAAGGCCAAGGGGCCCAGCGACAACGUCUCCCAGGAGCAGUUCACAGUGUCCAUGUCCCACCUAUUGAAGGGAAACUCCGAGGAGAAGAGUCUUGUAAUCCUGAAAAUGAUUUCUGCCACAGAAGGUCCUGUGAAAGCAAGAGAAGUCCAGAAGUUUACAGAGGAUCUGGUUGGCUCUGUGGUGCAUGUGCUCAGCUACAGACAGGAGCUGAGAGGCUGGACCCAGAAGAGAGGCCCAGAUCCCCCUGCCAGGGUGCAGGCGUUGGCCGCCCAGCUCUUCUCCGAGAUGGACAUUCAAGGUGGCGAGAAGCUUCCGGGGCCUCAGCAGCUGGACCGUGAGUGUGACCGAGCCACGAUCGAGGCCUGGGUGUUCAGGGCUCCCCUCGUGGCCACGUUUCUGAGCGUGGUCGUCCACCGAGGCUUCCUCCUCCUGCGCUCCCCCCUCGACCUGGCCGCCCUCGUCCCCGAGCGUCACGUUGACCAGGAGAGGGUGUUCGAGAGCGUCCUGGACGUCCCGUCGGUCAUCUACAUCAACUCCCACCUGCGCCGCGAGCAGCAGCAACGUUGGCGGCUGCUCUUCUCGUCCGAGCUGCACGGACACAGCUUCGCCCAGCUGUGCGGCCGCGUCACCCGCAGGGGCCCCUGCGUGCUGCUGCUGGAGGACCACGCCGGCCAGGUGUUUGGCGGCUUCGCCUCCUGCUCCUGGGAGGUCAAGCCUCAGUUUCAAGGGGACGACACGUGCUUCCUGUUCUCCAUCUCGCCCCGCAUGGCCGUGUACACGUCCACGGGUUACAACGACCACUACAUGUACCUGAAUCACGGGCAGCAGACCAUCCCAAACGGACUGGGCAUGGGAGGACAACACAACUACUUCGGGCUGUGGGUCGAUGUAGAUUUCGGGAAGGGACACAGCAAGGCCAAGCCCAAGUGCACCACCUACAACAGCCCUCAGCUGUCGGCCCAGGAGAACUUCGGCUUUGAGAAGAUGGAGGUGUGGGCCGUGGGGGACGCCUCAGGCUCGCAGCAGGCCAAGAGCAACAAGAGCAUCCUGGACGUGGACCCCGAGGCCCAGGCCUUGCUGGAGAUCAGUGGGCGGAGCCGCCACAGCGAAGGGCUCCGGGACAUCCCGGAGGCUGAAUGAGGUUUCCCAGAGCUCGGGCCUUCCUGGGCGCCGGCCCUGGACAGAGGGCGGCCUGCGGGGCCCUCCCCGUCGCACGUGUUCAACACAGGGCCGUGCUGGCCACGCCCAGCUGGUCUGGGACGCGCUGAAUCGGACUCAGUAAAAUUCCUUCGGUGCCGCAUGUGGAUUGGUGGGUACGCUUCGCAGGAACCCUGGGUGUCCGUUGGUAGCUUAAGCUUUUUAGUCUGUUUCUCGUCCCUGAAAUCCGGAGACAUGGACGCUUGAGACCUCCGCCCGAGUUCGCGUCUGCUGGGCACGCGCAUUCCGGCCGUGCAGGGCAGGGCUCCGCCUGCCGGGGUCACCUGGCCCCCCGCUCGAGCCACUGCAGUUGAAAACAUGCCUCGAUGUUCCCUUCCAGCUGGUAGAGGGCGGGGACAUUGGGAUGUGAGUCUCCGUGUGCCUUUUGGGGGCAGCUUCCUAUGACCUAAAAUUUGUGUAUUUAUCAAAAAGCAUAAACAGCGAGAGAGCAGGUGUCCCCACAGGUGUUUGUAAUAGGGUCCCCUCUCCCCCCACCUUUCUCAGCUGCUUUUAAAUGAAUCUGUGCCACAGUCUACACGGGUUCCAGGCAGUUCCAUUGCUAACUUAAAUGGGAAUUCGGAAGCUCUGAGAGGUCCUCUGGCAUGAAUUAGUGGUGAGUAACGACCCUACUGGCCUGGGUUCCUGACCACCGCCUCAGUGUCACUGUCCAGCCCAGUGGCCCCCAAAGGGGUGAUGGGUCAUCUGACAGCAGGGACUCACUUGAAAUGGACUUGAGUGAUCCCGGCGAGCUGACCAUGACCCUGGGUGAGGGUCUGAGGCCGGGCCAGGGAAUCGAAGCCUGCCUCGAGAAGUCCCUCCUUCCUGGACGGAGCUGUGGGCUCGGCUCUGAGACCUACACCUGGUUCUUGGGUCUUUCGCUGUCAACUUGAACUUUCUGGAGAUGGGACGGAUAUGGGGCCUUUCACUCUAGAACCUGCCUGCUUAGAAGCCACGGUAAGCCAAGCUGUUCGCAUCUGGCAGGUGUGGCCUUUUCUCCCGGGGGGCUCCCCAAACUUUGCCCUUAGCAGUGCCCCCGACUGAGCAGAAGGCCUUGCAAAUGAGCUUUUAAAAGAAAAAUGCGUGUCCAGACUACGCAGAGGGGCGGCGGCCUGACCUGGACAUAGUCGUGAUCGAUUUUCCUCCUGAAAGGCCAGUUUUUCAUAAGCUGCUCAGGUACAUUGUGGGGUCUCCCCAGCCGGUGGGGUAGUAGAUCGGGGCGGGGAGGCUCCUCGGAUAUCCUGACCAUAAAACCAAAGAGUUAGGUCGGUCCUGCUCCUUCCAUCUGUUCUGGAAUUUCUUUUGAUAAAAAAGCAACUGAGUACCUCACUAAUAACAGGUGUGUUGGUGUUUGUACCUCGAGCCCCGUCGUCUGGCUGUCAGGCUUGGAUUUUGUUGGUGGACGCCCUGUGCUUUGGGUCUCUUGUCAUCAGAGGGCAAGUGACAAGUGGGGACCCGUUCACCAGGAGGGCACGCUUACACAGGGCAAGGCAGGGUCCCAGCCCAGGCGCUCGGCCCCCUGGGGGUGCGGCCCUG